AUGGGGAAAAGCCGCGAGAUGCGCCUGACCCACAUCUGCUGCUGCUGUCUCUUCUACCAGCUGGGGUUCUUGUCGAAUGGGAUCGUUUCAGGGCUGCUGUUCGCCCCCGACCGCGAGGAGUGGGAAGUCGUGUUUCCUGCACUCUGGCGCCGGGAGCCGGUGGACGCAGCCGGCGGCAGUGGGGGCAGCGCAGACACCGGCUGGGUGCGCAGCGUUGGGGGCAGUGGGGGCUCCCGAGCUCAGGCGGCCGGCAGCUCCCGCGAGGUGCGCUCUGUGGCCCCGGCUCCGCCGGAGGAGCCCGCAGAGGGCCAGCCCAAGCCCAGGCCGCGGCCCCCACCGCCGCUGGGGGACGAGGAGGACGAGGAGCUUGAGUCGCAGGAGCUGCCGCGGGGAUCCACUGGGGCUGCUGCCCUGUCCCCAGGCGCCCCGGCCUCGUGGCAGCCGCCCCCGUUCCCGCCCCCGGCCCAGCCUGCUGACCCGGACGGCGACGAGGUGUUGCUGAGGAUACCGGCCUUCUCCCGGGACCUGUACCUGCUUCUCCGGAGAGACGGCCGCUUCCUGGCGCCGCGCUUCGCGGUGGAACAGCGGCCGAGUCCCGAUCCCGGUCCCACCGGGGCAUCGGCCGCCCCGCGCCCUCCUGAGCCUUCCGAAGCCGCCUGCUUCUACACGGGGGCGGUGCUGCGGCAUCCCGGCUCGCUGGCUUCUUUCAGCACCUGUGGAGGUGGCCUGAUGGGAUUUAUACAGAUCAAUGAGGAUUUCAUAUUUAUUGAGCCACUCAAUGAUACAAUGGCCAUAACAGGUCACCCACACCGAGUAUAUAGGCAGAAAAGGUCCAUGGAGGAAAAAGUCACAGAGAAGUCAGCAUCUGACAGUCGUUACUGUGGUGUCGUUUCAGAUAAAGGAAGACCUAGAUCUAAAAAAAUAUCAGAAAGUGGAAGAGGGAAACGAUAUUCAUACAAAUUACCUCAAGAAUACAACAUAGAAACUGUAGUGGUUGCAGACCCAGCAAUGGUUUCCUAUCAUGGAGCAGAUGCAGCCAGGAGAUUCAUUCUAACCAUCUUAAAUAUGGUUUUUAACCUUUUCCAACACAAGAGUCUUGGUGUGCAGGUCAAUCUCCGUGUGAUAAAGCUUAUUCUGCUCCAUGAAACUCCAGCAGAUCUAUAUAUUGGGCACCAUGGAGAGAAAAUGCUAGAGAGUUUUUGUAAAUGGCAACAUGAAGAAUUUGGCAAAAAGAAUGAUAUACAUUUAGAGAUGUCAAUAAACUGGGGAGAAGACAUGACUUCAGUGGAUGCAGCUAUACUUAUAACAAGGAAAGAUUUCUGUGUACACAAAGAUGAACCAUGUGAUACUGUUGGGAUUGCUUACUUGAGUGGAAUGUGUAGUGAAAAGAGAAAAUGUAUAAUUGCUGAAGACAACGGACUGAAUCUUGCAUUUACAAUAGCUCAUGAGAUGGGUCACAACAUGGGCAUUAAUCAUGACAAUGACCACCCAUCAUGUGCUGAUGGUCUUCAUAUCAUGUCUGGAGAAUGGAUUAAAGGACAAAAUCUUGGUGAUGUUUCAUGGUCCCAGUGUAGCAAGGAAGAUUUGGAAAGAUUUCUCAGGUCAAAGGCCAGUAACUGCUUGCUACAGACAAAUCCACAAAGUGUCAAUUCUGUGAUGGUUCCCUCCAAGCUGCCAGGGAUGACAUAUACUGCUGACGAGCAAUGCCAGAUUCUCUUUGGGCCAUUGGCUUCCUUUUGCCAAGAGAUGCAGCAUGUUAUCUGCACUGGGCUGUGGUGCAAGGUAGAAGGUGAAAAAGAAUGCAGAACCAAACUAGAUCCACCAAUGGAUGGAACCGAUUGUGACUCUGGUAAGUGGUGUAAGGCUGGAGAAUGUACCAGCAGAACCUCUUCACCUGAACAUCUGGCUGGAGAAUGGAGCAUGUGGAGUCCUUGUAGCCGAACCUGCAAUUCUGGGAUCAGCAGUCGGGAACGCAGAUGUCCUGGGUUAGGUUCUGAAGCAAGGGAUUGCAAUGGUCCCAGAAAACAAUAUAGGAUAUGUGAGAAUCCACCUUGUCCUGCAGGUGGGCCUGGAUUCAGAGACUGGCAGUGUCAGGCCUCUAGUGUUAGAACUUCCCACCCAAAGCACGGGCACCAGUGGCAAGCCGUUAUGGAUGAAGAAAAACCAUGUGCCUUGUUUUGCUCUCCUGUUGGAAAAGAACAGCCUAUUCUUCUGUCAGAAAAGGUGAUGGAUGGAACUUCUUGUGGAUCUCAGGGAUUAGAUAUCUGUGCAAAUGGCAGGUGCCAGAAAGUUGGUUGUGAUGGUUUACUAGGGUCUCUUGCAAGGGAAGACCAUUGUGGUGUAUGCAAUGGCAAUGGAAAAUCAUGCAAAAUCAUUAAAGGGGAUUUUAAUCACACCAGAGGAGCAGGUUAUGUAGAAGUGCUGGUUAUACCUGCUGGAGCAAGAAGAAUCAAAGUUGUGGAGGAAAAACCAGCACAUAGUUAUUUAGCACUCCGAGAUGCUGGCAAGCAGUCUAUUAAUAGUGACUGGAAGAUUGAACACUCUGGAGCUUUCAAUUUAGCAGGAACUACCGUACAUUACGUAAGACGAGGCCUCUGGGAGAAGAUCUCUGCCAAAGGUCCUACUACAGCACCUUUACACGUCUUGGUGCUGCUGUUUCAAGAUCAGAAUUAUGGUCUUCACUAUGAAUACACCAUCCCAUCUGACCCUCUUCCAGAGAACCAGAGCUCAAAAGCACCUGAGCCCCUUUUCAUGUGGACACACACAGGUUGGGAAGAUUGUGAUGCUACAUGUGGAGGAGGAGAAAGGAAGACAACAGUGUCCUGCACAAAAAUCAUGAACAAAAAUAUCAGCAUUGUGGACAACAAGAAAUGCAAAUACUUAACCAAGCCAGCGCCACAGAUUAGAAAGUGCAAUGAGCAACCAUGUCAAACAAGAUGGAUGAUGACAGAAUGGACCCCGUGUUCACAAACUUGUGGAAAAGGGAUGCAGAGCAGACAAGUGGCCUGUACCCAACAGCUGAGCAAUGGAACUCUGACCAGAGCCAGGGAAAGGGACUGCACUGGCCCCAAGCCCGCCUCUGCCCAGCGCUGUGAGGGCCAGGACUGCAUGACCGUGUGGGAAGCUGGAGUGUGGUCCGAGUGCUCAGUCAAGUGUGGCAAAGGUGUACGUCAUCGGACCGUGAGGUGCACUAACCCUAGAAAGAAGUGUGUCCUCUCCACCAGACCAAGGGAGGCUGAGGACUGUGAGGACUACUCAAAAUGCUAUGUGUGGCGAAUGGGUGACUGGUCCAAGUGCUCAGUUACCUGUGGCAAAGGAAUGCAGUCCCGUGUUAUCCAGUGCAUGCAUAAGAUCACAGGAAGACAUGGAAAUGAGUGUUUUUCUUCAGAAAAACCUGCAGCCUACAGGCCAUGCCACCUUCAGCCCUGUAAUGAGAAGAUUAAUGUAAAUACAAUAACAUCGCCCAGGCUGGCUGCUUUGACUUUCAAGUGCCUGGGAGAUCAGUGGCCUGUGUACUGCCGAGUGAUACGCGAGAAGAACCUGUGUCAGGACAUGCGGUGGUAUCAGCGCUGCUGUGAAACCUGCAGGGACUUCUAUGCCCAAAAGUUGCAGCAGAAGAGUUGACCUCUAGCAGGCUGGCCGACCGACCACUCCUUACAAUCACAUUAUUUAUAAACACACACACUAGCAUGUUUUUCAGACCAAAUAUUAUCAGAUUUCAUAUAAUUUAAUCAAAUUAAUUUAUUUUUUUCUUUGCCUACCAAACAUCCAAUGUGGUGUUUGUUUUGGUUAUAAAAACAUUUUGGUUUAUUCUAUAUGGCUUCAUAAAUAAUUUUAUAUGAAUAAGUUGAAUCCAGUUACCAGAAUAAAAGGAAAAAGGAAAAAUAAAAACAGGAUCAUUAGACUAAAAAUUUUUUUAAGCUAAGGUGCUACUCUCUCUCCACCAACACCAUAGAGUUAUAUCCAUAAUGUAUACUUCCUUAGAAUAAUAGUUUAGUCAUAUAUGGAGGAAUUUUUUUUUUUUUUUUUUUUUUUUUUGGUGUGCUGAUGCAGAAUUAGCAUAGUUGCUGUAAUCUGUGGAGACAUAACAAACCUCAUAGUGUUGGAGAGGAUCUUAGAGACUGUAUUAUGAAUUUGGUUCAGAAUUAGAAACAUCCAUAGGGAAAAUUCUACUGUAGCUGUAACCUUAUUUUAAUAAUGGAAAAAUCAAGUACAUGAACAUGUACUUGAACACAAGUAUUCUAACAAUGAAACACUGUAAAGAUUUACACUGAAUCACCAUUGCACUGUUGGUAGUAUAGAGAAACCAUCAUAGAAAUGGUAACAUCUUACAAAAAUGUAUAUUAUUUUAACAUGUUUUCAUUAGAUUUUAGUUUUUGUAAAAUAUUUUGAACAAAAAAAGCAUUGAUCCAUCCAUUUCCUUGUAUCUUUUCUGCAGGGUUUUGAAAGACUAUAAUAUUUAUCCUCACAAAUCACCAUGAAAGAAUUUGCUAGACACGUUUCUGCCUUUUCUCCAGGAACAGGGGGAUAUAAAGCUUGUAAUACUGUGGUAGUUUCAUUGUGCUCUUUCUUUUUAAAAAUUAGAAAAGUUUUACAAUUCUGUGAAACGUUAAAAAGCCAGCUUAAAAUUUUUCUUGUGAAAAAAUGUUGUACAUGAUUCACAUGAUUUCUUAAAUUUUUCAAUAAAAUAUUUGAAACUUUCUAUUAGGAGACAAUUCUUCAUAGGUCUCUCACAUUUUCACAUGUCUUGUAAGCAAAGGCAUUGACUACUUUUGUUCCACACUGUCUAUAAAAGGAUGUUUGCAGAGAGAAUCACUUUGCAAGAUAGAGUGUCUCUCUGGAGAAAAGGGUAGGUGUGCUUUCUCCCCAUUAAAAAAGUUUCAGGUUCCUAAAUUCAGGGUCCCUCUCCUGUGACACAAUCCACUACACAUGCAGAUAUCACCUGUCCCUCUUUGUGUUACCUUAUGGGAAUUGGGGCUCAGUCAACCAGUGCAAGAAAAUUCUGAUUCUCUGGCUACUGCUAUUGUAAGUAAUAAAGUCUUUUG